ACAACUUCAGCACCUACGACAACCACAACAACAGCACCUACAACAACUGUAGCUGCCACGACAACUGCAGCUCUUGCAACAGCAUUAACAUCUACGACAACCACUGCAGCCGUAACAACAACAACUGCUGCUCCUACGACCACUACAGCUCCAGAACCUAUUACGACAACCACUGCAGCUCCUGCUACAACAACUACAACAACUACAACUUCAGCUCCUACGACAACCACAACAACAGCACCUACAACAACUGUAGCUGCCAUGACAACUGUAGCUCCUAUAACAGCUUUAGCAUCUACGACAACCACUGCAGCCCUAACAACAACAAUUGCUGCUCCUACGACCACUACAGCUCCAGAACCUAUUACGACAACCAGUGCAGCUCCUGCUACAACAACUACAACAACUUCAGCUCCUACGACAACCACAACAACAGCACCUCCAACAACUGCUACUCCUACGACCACUGUAAUUCCACAACCUACUACGACAACCAGUGCAGCUCCUACUACAACAACUGCUGUUCUAACGUCCACAGUGACUGCAUUCGACAACCAGUGCAGCUCCUACUACAACAACUGUUGUUCUAACGACCACGGUGACUGCAGCACCUUCUACAAUAACUAA